AUGAGAAGAACAACUCUUUAAUCUGAUUUGAAGUUACAUAAGAAAAAAAUGUUUAACAAAGAAAAUACACAAUAACCAGCAUAAACAGGUAGGAAGCAUUUCGAAGAAAAACAAUGUUACCUACCCUCUGGAUAAAAUGAGGAGAAUGGUUAAAUUAAGAAAGUAAGAGUAUUUUUUUGAUAAUAAGACUCUAAUGUUGUUUCCAGAAAAAAAAAAUGUUACUAAUUAUGACAAUGUCAUUGAAAGAAGACCUUCAAUUAGAAUAUUUUAAUAGCAAACAACCAGUUCAAAUUUUAGACUCUGUGAUAAAUAAUCCUAAAUAUCAAAGAGUUCUACAAACUUUCAUCCUCUUCGAAGUACUUCAGCCAAUAUUUAUUCAAUUUUCAAUAAUGAUAGAGGAUUAAAUGGAAACAAAUUUUGA